AUGCACCUUUCCGCCACUGUCGCGGCUACCGCGGUUCUCUUGUCUUUCGCAAAUGCUCAUGGUGGCUUUGGACUGCCACAAAUCCAAUCUCACGACCAAAGGAUUCAUGCACUGCUGGCCAGCUUCAGGACUGAGACUUUCGGCAUCGACUCACACGUGGAAUCGGCUCUGGAGGUACGAGCAAGUGCUAAGGAAUGCGGCGAGGGUAUUGGAUCAUGCCCCGAAGAUAGGGGCUGCUGUUCAACGGCUGGCUACUGUGGCUCCAAUUCUACUUAUUGCUCCUCUCCCGGCUGCCAAUACAAAUACGGGCCUGGCUGUCCGGAGAAUCUGAAGCCAGCUGGCAAGAAUACUGAGUCCAUCCCCCGAGCAAAGAUUGGUUCAGUCCCGUAUGGAGGCAACGGUAUCUAUGGUGGAUUCUGGGCUUGCAAAGACCCGGGUCAGGUCGCCAUCACUUACGAUGACGGACCAAUGAAGGAUACGACCACAACUAUCCUGGAUUUGUUCAAAAAGUACGACGCCAAAGCGACCUUCUUUAUCACUGGCAACAACAACGGCAAGGGACAGAUUGAUGAGACUCAAGAGUACAUCGAUGUGAUACAACGCAUGGAUGCAGAGGGACAUCAAAUUGCAUCCCACACAUGGACGCAUCUAGACUUGUCCAAGAUUGAUGCAGAUAUCCGCAAGGACCAGAUCCUCAAUGUGGAAGGCGCACUGAACAACAUUGUUGGGAAGAUCCCGACUUACAUCCGCCCGCCUUACUCUAGUUGCACGACUGAGUCUGGUUGUGAGCAAUUUAUGCAGGAUAUGGGUUACCACAUCAUCUACUUCAAGCUUGAUACGGAUGACUACCAGCAGCAACCCCGAAACACCUUCCAAAACUCGCUCGACUGGUUCAAGGGCAACAUGACUGCGCCAGGUAUGACUCCCGAAAAGAACUCUACAAUCUCCAUCUCGCAUGACAUCAUCCAUGAAACCGCCAACGAGCUCACAGAGCUCAUGCUCAAAACCAUCACCGAACUUGGUUACAAAGGAGUCACUGUUGGCGAGUGUCUUGGUGACCACAAGGACAACUGGUACCGUCAAUUUGGCGACUCUGCCAACCGCGUUGGAACCGACUACGCCUCCACAUCGGCAAGCUCAAAUCCCACUUCCACAUCCUCGCAAGGAACACCCAGCUCGUCUUCCAUGGUCGGGGCUUCUUCGAGCUCGCCUUCUGACUCCAGCACUGCUUCAGGCAUCGCUGAUCCUAAGCAAGCUGGAAGUGCCGCCUCUACCAUGCAGAACGCUGGCCUAGCUAUCUUGGCACCUGCGUUCGCAUUUGCUAUCCUGGCCUUCUGA